UGUUUGUCCGACUGCUUUCUCCAUCACUUUCUGUCAUCUGUGUCCCUCUGCACAAGAAUGCCUUCAUACCGCUAUCUCAGCAAAGAACAAGUCGACCACUUUCUAGAAAAGGGUUAUAUCGUUGUCAAAGAUGCCUUCACCAAAGAGAAGGCAGCCGAAUGGGCUAAAGAUCUUUGGGUCCGGCUGGGAUUGGAUCCUGACGAUAAAACAACGUGGGAUCGGGAACGCAUCCACAUGCCCGUUCACAACAGAGAGAAAGUGUCCACAUUCUCCCCCAAGGCUAUGAACGCCAUGAUUGAUUUACUAGGUGAAGAUCGUAUCGAUCUAGAAGCAUGUACAUGGGGAGAUAGUUUCAUUGUCAACCUCGGGACACCCAAUCACAAUGGCACUCGUAUCGAUCCUCAAGAUCUCGACAAUUGGCAUGUCGAUGGAGACUUCUUCGUCCAUUAUUUCGACUCGCCCGAACAAGCUUUGCUUGUCGUUCCUAUAUUCUCUGAUAUUGAAUCCGGUGGUGGAGGUACAAUGAUCGCUCCCGACGGUAUAGGUCGUAUUGCCAAGUACCUUUGGGACCAUCCUGAAGGGUUACUGCCCACAGGUCUGUCGUUCACACCGUCCACGUCGGGGUAUACCAAUGUCAAGGACGACCCUGACUAUCUAUCAUUCCUGGCGGAAAUCAAGCAUUGCUCUCAGUUCGUUGAGCUAACUGGCAGCGUUGGCGAUGUCGUCCUCUGCCAUCCCUUAAUGUUACAUUCCGCCACGAAAAAUCUGUUACGAGUGCCUAGGGUUAUCAUCAAUCCACCGGUGGCCCUAAAGGAACCGUUCUGUUAUGCAAGGAAGAACGCAGAGGAUUAUAGUUUGGUUGAGCGGAAGACGUUGAAAGCACUUGGUGUAGAUUCAGCUGCGUUCUCUCCAACGACGGAGAGGCGUCGAAUAGUGCCAAAAAGGGUUCUGACUCAAAUGAAAGCUUUGGAAGAGGAGAAGCAACGAUUAGCCGAGGCAGGGCUUCUAUGAAUAGCAGCGUAUUUCUGCGUAUUUAGCUGCAUGGUUGAUUAAAUGAUGUUAAUGGUGAUAUCCAAAUAAU